AACGUGACGGCUCCUGACGUCAUAGGACGGCGCCGGUUGUCUUAGAGGCUGCACGUGGGCUCAGAUUUGGAAACUCAGGCCCCGCCAUGGAUACCCCGCUGAGGCGCAGCCGGCGGCUAGAAGGCCUAGAGCCUGAAUCACCCGAGAACCCCACUGCAGGUUUGCGGGCGAGACGGGCCCUUGUGGAGUUCGAGUCGAACCCAGAAGAAACGAGGGAGCCCGGGUCUCCUCGGAGUGUGCAGCCCCCCAGUCUGCGGUCUCCUAGACAUCAGCCGGAGACAAGCCCGGGGUCACCCAGCCCACGAGAGGGGGCAGGCUUGGGGUCCCCCCGAAGGCAGCCAGAGCCGGACCCAGUGUCCCCCCAGAGUCAGGGAGAUCCAGUCCUCCAGUCGCCCCAGAAACUGCCGGAAUCGAGUCCUGAAUCCCCCCGACUUCAGCCAAAGCUAAGUGAGGAGUCACCAGAGUUCUCCCAGGACCAAGAAAAAGCGGACUCGGAGUUGGCCAAGAGCGAGGAGGAGCCGCCCUCCGGGUCUCCCGGCCCUCAGCAGCAGCCAGGCCCAGGAUCACCAGAGCCGAAUCCAGGUCAACAAGCGCCGGGUCCGGAGCCCUCGCAGCCACGACAGGAACUAACACCCGAGUCGCCUGGCUCCCCACGGGGUCAGCCCGAGGCGAGCAAGCCACCUCCGGCCCGGGAGUCGGGGAGAGACGGCCUCGGACCAAAGAAGCGAGAAGGUUCCUCAGUCCAGGCCCCAGCGUCCAAGAAGCCGAAGAAGGAGGAGGUCCCCAUAAUUCCGAAGGGGAAGCCCAAGUCUGGGCGGGUGUGGAAGGACCGCUCAAAGAAGAGGUUCUCCCAGAUGGUCCAGGACAAGCCCCUGCGCACAUCCUGGCAGCGGAAGAUGAAAGACCGGCAGGAGAGGAAGCUGGCCAAGGACUUCGCCCGGCACCUGGAGGAGGAGAAGGAGAGGCGCCGGCAGGAGAAGAAGCAGCGCCGCGCGGAGAACCUGAGACGCCGCCUGGAGAAUGAGCGGAAGGCGGAGAUUGUCCAAGUGAUCCGAAACCCCGCCAAGCUCAAGCGGGCGAAGAAGAAGCAGCUGCGCUCCAUUGAGAAGCGGGACACGCUGGCCCAGCUGCAGAAACAGCCGCCCCAGCGGCCAGCAGCCAAGAUCUGAGCUCAGGACAGCCGAGGCCUUCUGUGGCCGAACACCGUGUCACACACGCCGCCUCUUGGGCCCUUGGUCACAGGCCUGGACCCAGCACUCCAGCUCUGGUUCCAAAACAGGGACUUCACCCGAGACUGGGCUUGAGCCUUUGAGGGCUCAGGGGCAGGUCUUUGUGGGCCAGCGGCCCAGAAGGAGGCCGGGACCUGGCAGAGCCUGGGGAUGGGAAGACGGUAACUCCCCCCUCCUCCUUCCCCCUCCUCUCCAAGUGCCUUCAACCCAAGGACAGUAAUUUCUGGUUCCUCAGGGAGCUGGUGACUGGAGGAUGACUCCCCAAAAUGUCUGCGUUCUGUCUCAAGGUCGUAGGUUCAACCCAGGCCAGGAGGCUGGAAGGCAGGAGUCCAGCUCCCCCCACACCUUCCCAAAGGCUGCUCUGGGUCCCUCUGCCCCCAGCUGACCUUGUCACCCAGCAGACUGAAUCCAGCCUGCCCCACUUGUAAACACUUAAGGUUAAAAUGGGGAGGGGGCAGGGUCUCUCUAGCUCCCCCUUUCCUGUACCGGACUCUGCAGAAGCCCUAAAGAUCUGAUUAACUCAUGCCAAUUCAAUCUAUAGCAAAAAUAUUUUUAUUAAACCCCUGCUAUGUAGAGGCACAAUUCUAGGUACCAGUGAAUACAGACAAAAGUCCCUGCCUUCAAGGAGCUUUCAUUCUGGUGGAGAAAACAUAAUAAACAAAAUUAUUGUGUGUCA